AGAAGCAGCAGCAGCGUUAGCGGAAUGAACCGCAAUGGCGGUCAGAUUCCAAGCAGGCGAUGUUUUCAGAGGAAAACUUGGAUUUCUUUUUCUCCUCCUCCAUGCCUGUCUGGGUUCUAGUGAAGAACUUAAGUGGGAUGAAAAUGGCUACGUCCUCUACUGUCCCUGCAUGGGUCGCUUCGGGAACCAGGCGGACCACUUCCUGGGAUCUCUGGCCUUCGCUAAGAUGUUGAACCGAACCUUAGCGGUCCCUCCCUGGAUAGUGUACCGCCACCACACCCCGCCUUACACCAAUGUUCAUGUUCCGUACCAGGAGUUCUUCCAGCUGGGGGCGCUGUCUGCCUACCACCGUGUGGUCAGCUUGGAGGACUUCAUGGAGGUGCUGGCUCCCAGACACUGGCCCCCAGGCCAGAGGAAGGCCUACUGCUUUGAGACCGCAGCACAGCGGAGCGUAGACAAGAAGACCUGCCCUAUGAAGGACGGGAAUCCUUUCGGGCCGUUCUGGGACUACGUGGGCGUGGAGUUUGACCAGUCCAUCCUGUUCGGAGGGAUUUCCUUCAGCGCUUAUCACCAACCUCAGUGGAUCAAGAAGUUCCCGGCCUCUGAGCACCCGGUCCUGGCGCUGCCCGGCGCUCCGGCCCAGUUCCCAGUGGUGGAGGAGCAUGUGGGUCUGCAGCGCUACGUGGUGUGGUCAGCCAACAUGGUGAAGGAGGGAGAGGAGCACAUUGCCGCCCUGCUGGUCAGACCAUAUGUGGGCAUCCACCUGAGGAUCGGCAUCGACUGGCAAAACGCCUGCCGGCUGCUGGAGAGCGGCGACACGGGGCCUCACUUCAUGGCGUCGCCGCAGUGCGUCGGCUACAACCGCCAGACGGCCCCGCCCCUUCCCAUGAGCGCCUGCCUGCCCGACCUGAAGGAGAUCAGCCGGACCGUGCAGCGCUGGGUGAGGAAGACCGCUGCUCGCUCCGUCUACAUCGCCACCGACUCCGAGUCCCACAGCAGAGACAUCGAGAAGCUCUUUAAGGGCAAGGUGAAGGUGGUGAGCCUGCAGCCGGACUUGGCCCAAACUGACCUGUACAUCUUGGGACAGGCAGACCACUUCAUCGGGAACUGCGUCUCCUCCUUCUCCGCAUUCGUGAAAAGAGAAAGAGACGUCCGCGGCCUGCCCUCCUCUUUCUUUGGUAUCGAGACGCCGACCAACACAAAGAAAGAACCGAAACAAGAACUCUGAGCUGGGGACAAGUUCAACGGAAUAGUAAAACGGAUCAGGAGGAUAUUUUAUAUGAAGUGUCUCAGAGAGAGGCAGGUCCGGUUUUACUCUGAGCUGAAAUGAGGAGGAAAGGCUGGGAAUUAGAGCUGCUACCAUGGGAACUGUUUUGACAUGUUUUCCAGCUCCCACUGAACUUUUUCACCAUCUAUGUGCUGCUGCUCAUUUAUUUUUAACACAUCUCAGAGGCUUGGUGAACCUCUGUCGGUGAUGAUCGUCUGCCUUUUAUGCAGAGAAAAGCAGCAUUAACCAGGACCAAGCACUACUUGGGAAAGCUGAGGACAGCAUCCUUCAAGACUCAUUUAAGUUUUGAAUUCACACCAUUAUGAAAAGGAUUUGUAAUGAACAUUUUUUAAUCAAUAAAUCAGUAUUCUAAGAA